AUGAACCCCCGAGUAGGCGUAGGCGUCUUCGUUAUCAAUCCCAAGGGACAAAUCGUUCUUGGUCAGCGCAAAAGCAGUCAUGGUGCUGGUACAUGGGCCCUACCCGGCGGCCAUCUCGAAUUUAAUGAAUCGUUCGAAGACUCCGCGGCUCGUGAGGUAUUAGAAGAGACGGGUCUGAAAGUCCGCGACAUACAGUUCCUUACGGCGACCAACGAUAUUAUGAAAGAAGAAGAGAAGCACUAUGUUACUGUUUUUGUGGGAUGCACGGUUGUGGGGGAUGAUGCGCAGCCUGAGUUAUUGGAACCGCACAAAUGUGAGCAGUGGAAGUGGGUGACCUGGGAAGAAGUUUCCUCGUAUCAUAGCGAUCCGAACUCCAGCCACAGGCUGUUCAUACCCUUGAUCAAUCUGCUCGAGCAGAGACCGGGGUUUCAUCCUGUUAGACGGUAA